GUGGCCUCGACGCCCGUGUCCAGACGCGGAGCGCAGCUUUCCUGGCGGGACCUGUAGCGGACGUCCCUCCGCCGACCCCAGGAGACCCGGCGCCCCGCUCAGCGCUUGGGGACGUGCACGGAGACCGAGGCUCAGGGUGGACCACACACUGGGGGAGUGAGACCGAGCUUGCCGCCCACAGAUGCCUCCUCCCCGUCCAGAGGAGCAGCACGCCCCAGCACCAAGCCCCGCGUGAGGCAGCAGGGAUGGCGCUGGGCCCUGAGCCAGUGAGCAGGUUCCCCGAGCUGGCUGCGAUGGGCAGCCCUGUGCCCGAGCCGUCUGGUGCCCCCAACGCAUCCGUCAAUGGCUCCUGGGCCGGCGCAGCGGAGCCCAGCUCCCUGGAGGACCUGGUGGCCACGGGUGCCAUGGGGGCUGCGCUCUCGGCCAUGGGCGUGGUGGGUGUGGCAGGCAACGUGCACACGCUGGUGGUCAUGGGCCGCUCCCUGCGCGCCUCGGCCUCCUUGUCCGUCUACGUCAUCAGCCUGGCGCUGGCUGACCUGCUCUACCUGCUCAGCAUCCCCUUCGUCGUGGCCACCUAUGGCACCAAGCAGUGGCACUUUGGCGAAGUGGGCUGCCGGGUCCUCUUCAGCCUGGACUUCCUGACCAUGCACGCCAGCAUCUUUACCCUGACCGUCAUGAGCAGUGAGCGCUACGCCGCCGUGCUGAGGCCCCUGGACACAGUGCGGCGUUCCAAGGGCUACCGCAAGAUCCUGGCUCUGGGCACGUGGCUGCUGGCCCUGCUGCUGGCCCUGCCCAUGAUGCUGGCCAUCCGGCUGGUCCGCAGGGGCCGCAAGAGCCUCUGCCUGCCGGUCUGGGGCCAGCGAGCCCACCGCACCUACCUGACGCUGCUCUUCGGGACCAGCAUCGUGGGGCCCGGCGUGGUCAUCGGGCUGCUGUAUGUGCGCCUGGCCCGGGCCUACUGGCUGUCCCAGCGGGCCUCCUUCCUACAGACGCGGCGGCUGCCCAACCCCAGGGUGCUCUACCUCAUCCUGGGCAUCGUGCUGCUCUUCUGGGCCUGCUUCCUGCCCUUCUGGCUGUGGCAGCUGCUCGCCCAGUACCCUGGGGCCCAGCCGCUCACACCCCGCACCACGCGCAUUGUCAACUACCUGACCACCUGCCUCACCUACGGCAACAGCUGCGUCAACCCCUUCCUCUACACGCUGCUCACCAAGAACUACCGCGAGCACCGCCAACGCCCGCUCCGCCCCCGGGGAGCCAGCCGGCCCCCGCGUGCCGGCGCCUUCCCUCCGCGCCAGGUCCGCUUCCAGCGCGGCUCCGGCCGCUCGCUGUCCUCCUGCGGCCAGCAGCCCACCGAGGCCCCCGCAGCGUCCCAGGCGGCCUCGAGAGUGGUCUGCGCCUGAGAGUCCCGCGGCCCCACACGAACGCUGGGGUCGAGGGCGGGAGGUGGCCUGAGUCCAGCAGGCAGCCUGCCCCCAGCGCCCCCGUGACUUAGUCUUCUUCCAGAAAGUUCUCUGCUCUCCCUUCUGCUUGGCUCCGUUCAGCAUCAUCAGCCAUCUCCCUUGUGAUGCCUGGAGGCCCCACUCCCAGAGCACCUAGGAGGCUCUGUGGGAGGCUCAGGCCCAGAACCAGCUUCUGGAGAUCCCAGCAGGCAGAGUCUCCACCACCCAUGGCAGGAGACGUGGCACACUCCUCUCCUGGCUGGGGUGUGGUCCCUGUGGCACCAGCCCCGCCCUGUCCCUGUCUGCGUUCCCGACAA